AUGGCGAAUACACUACGUCUAAUUCCUCAUUUAUACUGGAUAGUCAUCGAGGAUGGAAACGCAACAGUACCCUACGUUGGAAGAAUCCUUCAACGAUCUACGUUACCUUUCACCUAUAUGGCUGCGAAAACACCUGUGAACUACCCAGGGCGUGGAUGGUAUCAGCGAUCUGUGGCUUUGCAGUAUCUCCGGAGUAUUUCCGCUCAUAUACUGGAGAAAUAUCGUUCUGCUGUCGUUUACUUUGCCGAUGAUGAUAACGCUUAUGACACACGCGUUUUUACUGAUUACGUACGAAAUGUGAAGAAGCUGGGAAUGUGGGCUGUGGGUGAGCAUUUCUUUCGUUUAGUAUUAACUAUACUGCUGCUCUAUGGAAAAUGUGUAAAAAAAUAUAUUUUAGGUUGUCCGGCGGAUUUCCAGUGGAAUAUCCAAAAGCUGUUAAUGGCACAGUGGUUGGCUUUCACGCGUGAGAGGCCACAAACGCGAAAGUUUGCCGUCGACAUGGCUGGCUUCGCAAUCAAUUUGAAAUUUGCCCUGCGCUCAACGUUCAACACAAAGCGCUGUAAUCCAGCGCUGGGCCCGGAAACGUGCUUUCUUGAAGAUCUUGGCUUUACAAGAGGAGAUAUAGAAGUAUUCGGUGCAGAAGGAAAGGUGAGCUAG